AUGUAUUCCCGACCAGGUAGAGGUGAAAACGAAGAAGAUCUGUUGAGAAUUCAGCAGGAAUUUUUAUCCCAAGGUGUGAAUCCAGCUGCUAGUGUCAGCCACUCAGCGCCUGAGAGAUCUGAUCUCAGUGAGGAUAACACAUGUGAAAAAAGGCCCCAUGAACGCGAUGUUGUUCAAUUACAAGGUAUUUAUUUAGCUUUAUUUAGUUGUUGCGUCUUUAAUUUGUAUUUAGUUAUGUACCAAGCCAGCAAUCAAUGAUAAUUUUAGUAAUAAACAAUUAACACCCCCCCCCCUGAAUCAAUCAAUCCACUGCCCCUUUUGCCCUCUUGAAUAUCUCCUACAUACAUCUCCCCCAUGGAAAAAAUCCUCCUAACCCCUUUGGAUGUCCAAGUACAUUUUACUAUUAUUAGAAGUAGAUCGGCCCUACCCCUCUGGUCGGCAGUGUGUGGAUUAGUUCUGGCAUGGGACUGUAGCCUUUGUGCGAGGACUGGAAUUGCGCCCUUUUCCACAAUGUCCUACAAUUAGACUGCUCUUUGUACCAAUCUAGCUCCUGUGUUGUAUUCCACUUUCUGUUGUUAUUAUACAAUUACUCUUCUUUUUAUAGGAAAUGAAAAUGUUGAAGUUUUUCCAAACAUACCAAGAAAGAAGUCCAAGUUUAAAGACAAACAUACUUCACUACAAUCCAAGCAAGUUAGUAUAAUUGUGGCUUAAUGGGUUAAUGUUGGUUUAGACUUUAGACUAUAAGCAUCUUAAGGGCCACGUCCAUAUUCAUGUUGCCACAAAUAAUGUUGAAUCGACGUUAUUUCUUCACCCACCCACUCCAGAUGACGUCGAUCGAUAUUCAGUCGAAUUUUGACUUUUGUAUUUAUGAUACAAAAUCUGUACUGUCAGUGAUAGUUACUUUGGACAUUAAUUGUCAAAUUGCCACAAGAUAAUGUCGAUAAGUUCACAUAAAAACCCACCCACUCAUAACGUCGAUUCAAUGUUAUUUGUUGCAACAUGAAUAUGGACGUGACUCAACAUUUUUUUACUACAACAAUAGCAAAAUAGAGCUGGUCAUACAGAUCUUGAUGGUGCAGAUUUGUUGGAAAGUAAGUGAAUGACUUAAGUCUGUAAUGAUCACAGAAUGAUGAGAGAUGUUUUUCAGUAUUGGUAAAACUUUAAGAUGUACUUUUAAUAAUAUACAGGUCAAGAUAAACAUGUCACAGUCCUACUGUCUAAAAUUAUGGUAAGCAACAAAUAUUAAUAAUUCGAAUUUUUAAAAUUCUAAUUAUUGUUAUCAGGGCUGCAAAUAAAUAUUUGACUUGACUGGACAUUUGUCUGAUCACUUUUAAUUUUGAUCGGACAUAACUUGAAUUUAGUCGGACAAAAACCAACGUCACUAAAUUUGGUCGGACGUCACAAGAUAUAUAUAAGUCACGAGACAAGUAUGUAUAGCCAUUCUGGCACAACGUUGAGUAAAAUGCUAGAAUGCCUCGUAAAUUUUAUUGCAAUAUGCAAAUUGAGUGAAUUUGCAAAUUGAGUGAAUUUGCAAUCGGAUUUUGUCACAGCCAAAAAAUAUAUGUGAUAAUUUUUUUUGUGUGAUUGGACCAAUGUCCGAUCAAAAUUACUUUUACAUUUGCCAAAUUUAGUCUGACAUUGUCCGAUGUCUGACAGUAAUUUGCAGCCCUGUACGUGUUAUUAAAACUGCCAAUUAAGGCAUUUAAUUGAAUUUUUUAUCAAGGAAAGGGACACAAGGACAUGUCCUAUUGUUAUGCCAAGUGUCACUCCGAAAGGAUUUCCAUCUGUACUUCACAGAAACACUGUAGAGCUUGCUUGCUCAGAGGAUCAGGUAAUAUGGAUUGGACUUGAAUAAAUUAUGUUUGGUAAAAUAGUCCAGAUUCGUACAAUUACAAACUUUUGCAAAGACAAAUAGUUGGUGUAAAUCAGAAAUGUGUCUAAAAUAUAAAAUUAUUUUUAACUUUUGAGACAAGUUUUGUAGCUAGUGUAUACAGUAGUUUGUCCACUUGGAUGAAAUGGCAUUCAUAGUUUGUCUUAAAGGGUCCAACUAACAUGGCUGAUCAUAUACCCCAGUAUAAAUCAAUCCAUUUAUUAAUAAAAUUCUAGAACAAUUCCAGGAAAAGUUUGUUUGCAAAACAGUUUGCCAAAUCUGAAGAGAAGGAUUUUGGUAUUUUAACGGGACCACAACCUGCAAGCAGGUGUGAAGAUGGUGACAUUGAUGAAGAUAUGAUGGAUGAUGGUAAUUGACUAAUUGUGAAACAUCUUUUUAUUUUCCAUGUUUACAAAAAAUGGCAGAGAUGAUUUAAGGUUGUCUUUUGGUUGUUAGACUACAUUCAAUUUCAUGCAGGACUGGAUGAAUUACUUUAAUUUUCAUUAUAUUUCAUUUUCUUUCAGAUUCAAGUUUCUUUCAUCCAAUGCUGAUCACAGGUGAAGGGCUUCAAGGCAGUGAUGCAGGUCAGCCCAGUGCUGCUAUGACUGAACUACGGCAAAUACAUGAAGAAAAUCUCAAGACACUUUCAUCAAUGUCAGAAAAAGAGAUUAUGGAAGAACAAGCUAAACUUAAACAAAUGAUAGGUAGAUAUUUAAGGCGUAUUUUGGUAAAGUUGCACUCCUCUUUUUCUGUAGUCUUCGUGGAUUCCUGUCCUCCAUCAUUUUCUGAGAGUUUCUUGAUGUACCUGCUCCACCCAUUUAUUUUUCAUUCUCUCCUGUCCUCUGUUCCCCUUUAUCUUCAGCUCCACAAUGUCUCUGACCUCGCCUUGCUUCCCUCACCUUCUCUGCAAUGUCUAGUUCUCUCAUCUUUUUCUGAUCUAUCCAUUCCAUAAUGUCUCUGACCAGCUCUCCUUCAUCUCGUCUUACUAUGUAUAUCCAUACCAUCCCGACCUUGCUUCCCAGGCCUUUUCUGCAAUGUUUUCCACCCCACAUCUUCUGAUCUCUUCAUUCCGCAAUGUGUCUGGCCAGCUCUUCUUCAUUGCUUCUUACUAUGUAUCCAUACCAUCUCAACCUUGCUUCCCAGGCCUUUUCUGCAAUAUCUACUAAAUCUCAUCUUCUUCUGAUUUCUUCAUCCAAUAAUAUAUCUGAAACUGGCUCUCCUUCAUGUCUUCUUAUUACUUUUCCAUACUAUACCAUCUCAAUUUUGCUUCCCUCACCUUCUCUGCAAUGUCUACCACCCCACAUCUUCUGAUCUCUUCAUUCCCUGUGCCUGACAAGCUUUCCUUAUUCUCUUCUUAUUACAUGUGCAAACAAUCUCAACCUUGCUCCCCUCACCUUCUCUGCAAUGUUUACCACAUCUCAUCUUCUUCUGAUCUCUUCAUUCAAUAAUGUCUCUGACACUGGCUCUCCUUCAUCUCAUUUUAUUACGUGUGCAAACAAUUUAAACCUUACUUCCCUCACCUUCUCUGCAUUGUUUACCACCCCAUAUCUUCUUCUGAUCUCUUUUUGCAUUUUGUCCUUCAUCAAAACCCAAAGGAUCCAUCUCAACAUUUGCAUCUCCGUUCUCCUUAUCAGAUCUUUCUUCUUUCCAAUUUAUCUCGUGUUUAACUCCGUACAGCAUCUACAGCCUCUGCGCUGUUUUGUGAAUUUUGCAUUUUAGCUUUCCUUGCAUUUUUCGCUCACGUGUAACUUUUGAAAACUGCCAGGCUAACAGGUUUAGUCGUUGAGAUGAUCUGUAUAAUUAACUUCACAUUUUAGAUCCGUCCAUCCUUAAAUUCUUGCAAGAAAAGCGAAAACAACCAAAAUCAAUAACCACUAUCGAAAAUGAUUCCCAACUCUGUGAAGAUGACGAAGGCAUAGAUUCUAUUCUUGUUGAUGACGUCACCACUGGGGAUGACCAGGAACAGUCUAAGUUCCAGGAAGAAGGUGGGGCUGUUGUUGAUGUAGCGAAAGAUAUUCUGGGCACCAAUAUUUCUGAGAAAUGGUUGCAUAUGGAUCAAGUUGAGGCUGAAAAGUUGGAAUGGAUGAAAAAAUCGCCCAGUGUAAAAAAGUCAGGGGUAGGUUUGAGAUUUGUAAUUCCGACUACACUAACACGAUUUUGGAGCUGCAUGCAAAUUCGUUCACUUCCAUGUGGUUUUAUGGAAAUUCGUAUCGUUCGCUCUGCUUGAUUCCAAAUAAUAUCUGGAGGAACGGCAGCUUUCAAAAUAAGCCUGCGGGUGCAAGAGGGUUCCUUUCUCCACUCUAAGCUUUCAAACAAAUUUAUUUUUCCUCAACCUGGUCUAUAAAGUAUUAUAGCCUACAUGUUAUUUUCGAAAACGAUGUACUAUAUCUAGAUUUAGUUAUUUGCCAUCUUAAAUCUUGAAGUUAUCUUGUUGAAGAAUGAAAGUAGUGGUACAUUAUAAUUUAGUUGCAGAACUCAGUUGUGUUGCUAUCUAAUCAAUUUAAUUAAUAUACUAGUUGGAUGACUUUAAGACUCCCUAAACCGCCCCCAACCCCUCCCUCCCCACAGGCUACACUACAGCCGCCUAUUUAAUCAAGACAGCCACCUGCUCAGGAUAUUUUUGAAAGCCCUGCUAACGGCCUUAUUACUUUUUUGUGUCUUUUAACACAGACUAACGAACAAGCAAGAUUCGACUUCGACGGGAACGUUUUGACCGGUAGUGAGGGCAUUCCAGAAUACGUGGGCUUACAUCACCAUGGUGACGAACCAGACAGAGCGGGGUAUACCUUGGAGGAAUUGUUUUUACUUUCAAGAAGUAACUUUCUACAACAACGGGUGUUGGCCAUUAAUACUCUGGCAAAGAUUAUUGAAAAGGUACUAGAAUGUUGAAGGGUUUUUGUAGAACGAUGAAAGAUAGACUCGAGUAAAAACUAAACCUACCCGGGAUGAAACUAUGUUAUAGGGCUUCCCAACCUAUGGCCCUGCUAUUCCAAUGCAGCGCUCCAAUCACUGAAAUACAGAUUUGUUCCCAGAAUCAUUACCAAUAGACCCAUUGCACUGACGUCACAAAUCCUUAGAGUGUCCUCCAGAUGCUCCUUAACAAUAUCUGUUCGGGUACAACAACCACAUACAGUGCAAACAUUAACCAUUUUAAUGCAAAAUUAUUAUAAAGUUUUACAAAAUUUGCUUUGUUUACAAAAGUUACAUUAUGCAUAGAUUGCUAAUUUGUCCUCCAGAUGCAUCGAUCAUCACCGACGCUGUGACGUCAUGUGCAAUGGGUCUAUAUGCAGCGUUUCAGGUUUUCUUAGAAGGGUAUGGAGAAUGAAAUUUCUGGCCCGGACCCUGGACAGUGGUCCUCCAGAUUAUUUUACAAUGGUCCCCCUGAAGAGAGAAAUAGCGAGGUUCAGAUUUGACUUCAUGCUAUUUGUUAUUUUAUUGCUUUAUUCGCAUGCCCUAAGGUUAUUUUAUUGCUUUAUUCGCAUGCCCUAUUGCUAAAGCUUAUUUUACGAAAACAUUAAACUACCUCUACCAUUAAUGGACUAUUAACCAAUUAGAUGCGUUUGAUAUAUCCGAUUAACCAAUUAGAUGCGCACUGAGCUAGUGAGAGGUAAUGGUAAAGAUAACUGUAUAACCUACGACUGAGCCAGUAUGACGCACUGCUUCUGUUAAUAACUUGUCCAACACUGGUUUCUCAAUAUUUAUUUUCGUACUUACCGCUUGUACAAAGCAAGUUCAGAAACAUGAUACAUGGCGAAUAUGAUAUAAAAUCCUCUCGUCCACGGGCGAAAUUCGUCGAAAUUCGGGCCUGAAACGGUGAGUAUGGUUCGCACUAUUCUAGCUGAUCGCGCUAUCCGAGUCACUGUUUCGUAAUGCUACAUAAUGCUAAUGUAGUAAUUUCUUUUAUCGACAAAAGGAUCGUAGUGGAGUUUACCGUGGUCAUCUGGAUCAAGAUCUACUUCCAUUAAUACUUGACGCUGGUCUACCAUUUCUCCUUCGCUGGUCGCUGGAUGAUAACACGGAUUCAUUGAUUGCGGCUUCUGUCAGUUGUUUCACAGCGUUGCUUGUCACACAACAGGAUGAGGUACGAGUGAAUGAAAUGUAAAACCAAUAGCAGUGUUUCUGGCACAGUGGUUAGUGCAUGAUGUUGUUGCCUUUCACUUUUGCGACUAGGGUUCAAUUCCUGAAGUAUGCAGUAUCCUGGUUAUAGGUUUAGAAGACUGUUUCAAAUUUGAUAUAAACUCAAACUGUCUGUGCCAUGCAGGAUAGGUGGAUGCCUGAAAAAUUCAAGUGAAACUUCGCCGUUUCGUAGGCCCAGCUAUUUUAAUAAUCUUUUUCCAAAUAUUAUCUAGGCUGCAGCAGAUCUAUUGUGUUUUGGGUGGUAUCGUGGUAAAGAGUUGCCAUGUUUGUGUCCAACAGAAAUUAAAGAUCCCGGGGAAGGUUCAAGCAACUUGCCAGAUGUUGAUGUUGUCAGACAAGACUUGAUUAAAGUACGUGGACUGUGUGGGUAUUGCAAUAGAGUUUUAGCUAGCUCAAGCCUCGAAAUCUCCUAAUCUUGAGAUAGUUUGAUUCCCGCGUAGGUAUAGCAUUCUUUGAUGAGCUGUUUUCUGAACUACCUGAAAAAGAUAUCUCAAACGUGGGAGCUUAGUCCUUUAUAGCUAGCAUUUUACAAUAAACUGCCGUGGUUUAUAUCAGAACUACCUGAAAAAGAUAUCUUAAACGUGGUGGUCCAAUGUAGGUAGUGUUGUACAAUAAGCUGAUGUGGUUUGUGUCUGAACUACCUGAAAAAUAUAUCUCAAACAUGGUGGUCCAAUGUAGGUAGUGUUGUACAAUAAGCUGACGUGGUUUGUGUCUGAACUACCUGAAAAAGAUAUCUCAAACGUGGUGGUCCAAUGUGGGUAGUGUUGUGCAAUGAGCUGACGUGGUUUGUGUCUGAACGACCUGAGAAAGGUAAUUCAAGCAUAGGCGUCCAGGGUAGGUAGUAUUCUACAAUAAGCUGCCGUAUUUUGUGUCUGAUAUACAUGAAGGUAAAAAAUAUCUGAUUUUAUUCCAGGGCCUGCUGCAGAUGCGGUAUCUCCCAAGACUUCGCUAUAUCCUUGAAGUGUGUCGCCCUGCAUCCCCUGUAGUCCUAAAUAUCCUAGAUAUUCUCACCAGGAUCGCGAGACACUCGACCGAAGCCGCUCAUUCUGUUGCAAAAUGUCCUAGACUACUGGAGACUGUAUUAGUCCAGUUUCUACCAAGUUCAUGGAAAGCUAAAGAGAGUGCAGUGGCAGUGACUGAUGUUUACGGAUAUCCAUUGGUUAAAGCUUUGAAAUUAUUCAGAGUUUUAUGUUGUGCUGGGAAAUACCUCGCUGACACACUGGUAGGUUUAUGAAGUAAUGACUGAUCGUAAUAUAAUUCUGGAUAGCAGGUGGUAUUCGUUGGACAGUGCAUGUGCCUUGAUUAAUUGAAGAUACAAUUGUCUCAUCAUAAUGUGCGUGUGCCCUUAGUAACCUGUGAAAAGAGUGCUUUCAGUUUGAUUCAGGUUUUCUCUGGCUGAUCCAGGUUUUCUCAUGCAGUAACACUGGACCAGUAACGGGUGUUCCUUACUGAAUAUCUGCAGAUAACAGUGUGGACCUUCUGGGGCUAUUCAGUGUAAAUAAAGUACAUUUAGUUUAGGUUUCGUUCUGUAAUAACAAUGGAACAUUAAGGAAUGACCCUUACUGGACCUUCCAAUCAGAACAAUUCUCCUUGGAGGGUUCAGUAAGGGUCAACACAGUUAAGAUUUAAUAAAGCCAAAUUAGUAUGAAUAAUUUGAUGACCGUUGUUCAACUUUGUUUUAGAUCACCAAGUUUGGUUUAAUAACCAAAAUUCUGCGGUUUAUAACAGUACCAGCUGAACAAAUGAUGCUAGAUGUGACUGAAGCGCUUCAGCUCGCUACUGAGAGUUUUACCAUCUGGAGUACGUGUAUAUCUUAUGGCCUGGCGUGUGAGGGGUUCAGGUAUUAUGUUUUUUGGUGUCUUCACUAAAAACAUGCUUUACUUAAAGAGGGAAAAACAAUAUUUACACACUAGUUACCAAGGUAUUCUUCCCUAUGUCCCUUAUAAAGAUAUUGUAUAUAGCUAUAUAUAUAACUAUAUAUGACCUGAUACCAAAGCAUUGACAAAACACAAAAUGUUUGCAUAUAGCGCAGGAUAAUUAAUCUACAUGUUGUACUUCGUGGUUGAGUUGGAGAAAGAACUCUUUAAAUUUUAUUGUAAAAUCCAUAUAAUUUUCAAUAGUUUUUAAUUCGCAAUGGUCGUCAACUGGUAGUUGUCAGAGGAAAAAUUAUUUUCGUGUGAUAUGCAUCAGUCUUGUAUUUCGUAGGAAAUAGAUAGAUUGAGAGAUGCAUGAUGAAGAGUCAAGUUUUGAUUAGAUAGCACUAGUGAUAAGGUGUCCAUUUAUUGAAUUUCAAUAAUUUCAAAUUCUGUCUUCUUAUAUCUAGCAACGUCUACUCUCACAUCUUAACCCAAGUACAAGGACUAGCCUCGUUACCAGUCCGCGAUCAGUCUCAACCAAGCACAGCCUGUGCUUGUGCUCUGGUGGAUCUUGUUGAAGCAGUGACUCAUGUCGCUGGCAGCAAGGCUGAACUGCAGGCGCAGUUAACAACUCACCUAGCUGAAGAUAACCUCCCUGGGAGUAUUGAUGCAAGUCAUCUUCCCCCGUCUCCCAUUGAUUGGAGUCACGUGACUGGAUUGUUACCUCUGAUUGGUCAUUGUGUUCAAAUGUUGAAAGAACAGUUUGUAUCACUAGAGGAGAGUGUAGCGAAGGUGGGUCAAGGCUGAGACUUUGAGAAUUCAAAGCCGUCACACUUGAGAUAUCUUUAUCAGGUAGUUCAGACACAAACCACGGCAGUUUAUUGUAAGAUACUACUUACAAUAGACCACCACGUUGGAGAUAUCUUUUUCAAGUACCGGGUGUCCCAAAAAAAAGUACUCCGGUUUGAUUCUUAAUAACUUCUAAACAAGUACAGCUUUUAAAGAGAAAUAACUUGCAUCAAAUAGAGGAAGGACUAACUUAGAUUUUGAUAUAUUACAGUUGUAUUUCACUUAAAAAUUCACGGAGAUAUUAAUGUUUAAAAUCGGGAGCAUAUUUCUGGAUGUAUCUGAAAUAUGCAAAAAACGGCGUAUCAAAUGAUAAUCAAGAUUUUCCCGAUUGAAAUAUGCACUAUUUCCAGUAAAUAAAAGACACUUGACAAAUUGUUUAUUAUGAAAUAAAGUAUUAUCUACAAAAUACAAGCAAGAUUUAUUGUCCGAAAUCCGCGUGUGUUCCUAGCACGAAUACUUUUCCUUAUUUCAUGAGACCACUGCAUCGCGAAGGAUCGUCAUGGAUCGUUCGUAGUUUUGAAUUAGGGCAUGCUGUCAUGACAAUGGAAUUGUGAAUUUUCUAACUUCACAUUGAAUGAAUUUUCUAACUUCUGCAACGUUCUGAAAUCUUGUUAAGAACACCCAAACUCUUUUGCCUUUCUUAAUCUUGGCAAGUUCAGAAUAAACUGAGAAUCAAACACGAUCAAACCAUACAGCUCCAUAAGUAAAGACAUAACAAGCAACUCCCCAGAGACAUCCAACAUUUUUGGAACAAAACGUAACAAAAUAGAAGCGUUGAUACUGUGAUGUGUAUUUGCAAAAAGCAAUAUUAUUUCCUUCAUUAAAAAAUAAUAUUCAUCCUUCUCUAACCGAGAAAUAAUCAACUUUGUUUUGAACCCAUGAAAAACAUAAAAAAUUAGGCUAUUUAAGGAAAAUUUAAGCGCCUGCCUUGCAUGGUCUUUCAUGCAUGUACCAUAAGUUUGUAAAGACCUAUUAAAUACUUGGAUAAUUUCGAACGUUCAUAUAUAUUUCAGGAAACAAUGAGUUAAGACUUACAUGUACGAUGUCUAAAUCUACGCCAUAUCCCUUACAAACCCUAACGACAAUUCGCUGAAAUACAAGUUAGCCUCACAUGUCAUUAAGCAAACAAACGCUGGAGUUAAUAUUUGAUAUGCCGAUUUUCGCUAAUUUUAGACGCAUCGCAAAAUAUGCUCCCGACUUUGAACAUUAAUAUCUCCGUGAAUAUUUAAGUAAAAUACAACUGUAGUAUAUCAAAAUCUAAGUUAGUCCUUUCUCUAUUUAAUGCAAGUUAUUUCUGUUCGAUAGCUUUAUUUGUUUAGAAGUUAUUAAGAAUCAAACCGGAGUACUUUUUAUUGGGACACCCGGUAGUUGAGACACAAAGCUUUGUAGUUUAUUGUAGAGUACUACUACUACUACCUACACUGAACCACCACGUUUGACAUACCUUUUUCAGGUAAUUCAGACACAAACCACGGCAGUUUAUUGUAGAAUACUACUUACAAAUAGACGUCCACCUUUGAGCUACCUUUAUCAGGUGGUUCAGACACAAACCACGGCAGCUUAUUGUAGAAUACUUAAGCCUAGUUUCCAUUUGGUCGUUAGUUGUCGCUGGCACGACAAGUGGCUGAUGUAAUAGAGUGUCAACAAAACUUUAUAAAACUCUGCAAUUUGCAUAUAACACACAAAAAGACUAUUAUCAUAUUAGACUAUUUCACAUCUACCGCUUGUCGUGCCAGCGACAACUAACGACCAAAUGGAAACUAGGCUUAACUACCUACACUGAACCACUAUCUAUGAGUUUAAUUACAUACACACAUUUUGUCUUUCAGGAAGAAUCAUUCCUUCUCUUGUCAAGAGUUUUCAAUCUUCUAGCAUCAUUUUAUCAAAAACUUGUUACCCAGGUAAUUUUGUUUUUCUGCAUGUUGUUAUAUGUAUCCUCAUGCAAGCCUACAGUUAACCCAUUCUUUCCUCCAUAUUCUAGCCCUUCUAUUCACCGGUAGAAUGCUUGGAAGAAAUUGAGAAGUUUUUGGUGAACGAAAUAUGUGUUCCCAUAUUGCAAUCUAAAUCUUUGGAAAUUCUCUUGGACAAGAUGAGGGACUACACGUCAUAUUACGUGAGCGAAAUAUCGACUGUAGGACGGGCUCGUGUUGCCAAUUUGCCAGACUACGGUUGUCCUUUAGGGCAGGACAAUUGCUCAAAUCAAACUGGUCUACCACGUUGUCUUCACAAAGGAACACCGUUUCCUUUCUUGCUGUCCUUCGCCAGGCUAUCUAUGGUCAUUACGUCAUGUCAUAAAGGCCUUACGAGUAAAGUAGGUAUUUGCCUGCGUACAGGUGUGAAUCGAUGAAGGAAUGCAUUUGACUCAUUUUAUCUUUGAGGGUUGUAUGGGUGGGUUCCACUGAGCAACAGAUGGUAGUUCUCUUGCACUUAUCACAGCAAGAAAUGAAUUCUUUUCACUAUAUGUAGUCGAGUUGAGAAGAACAGUCUUGUAUUUAGUGGCAAUUAAGUAUAAUUGAGAUGUGUAAUUUAAUUUUCUUGCUCAUAGAAAUCUCACCAUUUCUGAAGUUAAUUAAUACCAUCUGCUGUCACACUUACUGAAACGCACCAAUUAAGAUGCUUGUGUUUUCUUUUCAUAGUUUCUAAAGUUCGUCACGAAUGAAACUAUUGUUCAAUAUUUAAAGUCAAACUCGACGCCUGGACAAAAUGUAAGUAAAAUCAUAGCGUUCAUUCUGUGUUUUUUGCUUUACUGAAUUAGUUUUUUAUCCCUUAGAAUUCCGAGUCCCAGUGCUUCUUUGUCAAAGUCGAACAGCAUUUUCAAUAUUUCCUUAUCAAAUUGUUUUAUAAUAUAGUAAGUAUGCUUUGUAAAUAGUAAUGCUGUGCUGAGUGGUUAUAUUACUACCUUAAAAAAUAAGCAGAAACUCGACGUUUCAAGCGAAGGCCCUUCGUCAAGAGUCACAGGGAUCGGGGAAAUUGCACGGGCUUUUAUACUAAGUGUAUGAAAGCAUCACGUGACAAAAAAAAUUGUCACGUGAUGCUUUCAUACACUUAGUAUAAAAGCCCGGCAUUUCCCCCGAUCCCUGCUACUAACUCUUGACGAAGGGCCUUCGCUCGAAACGUAGAGUUUCUGCUUAUUUUUUAAGGUAGUAAUAUAACCACUCAGCACAGCAUUUCUACAUUGGUACUACCUACACUGGUACAGACAGUUUUUGUAAAUAGUAUUCUGUCAUAAGCUGUAGUGCUUUGUGUCUGAACCGUAUCUGCAACUUCUCUACUUAUAUAUGCAUGUAAGAUUUUUAACCAAUCUUGUUUUAUGUCGUUAAGCUUCUACAAAAUGGCAGCAUGGAUGGUCAGCUCACUGCGUUGUAUCACACCACAAGCUUACUUCUCUUCUCACGGCUGUUUCCUGGUGACGAGUUUUAUGCUCAUGACCUGAUGUCUGUUGUGUUGUUCAACUCCGCUUUCUUUCAGUAAGUUCUCACAGAACCUUUGAUAUAAUAUAAGUGCUUUCAAAAAAUUAUUGGGGGGCGGCUACCUCCCCCCACCCCACCCCUCCCCUCCCUGCUGCUGAAAGAUACCAAUUUCGGUAUACUUGAUGCAUAUUCGAAAUAUAAAUUUCAGUGAAAGUAAGGAUGAAUGUGCAACGGCAAUCACAUCCAACAUGUCAGAAAUGGGAAUUGAAUCCGAAGCUGUGGUGAACGAUGCAACAACGAGAAAACAGAAAUCAUUCUCACGGGGAGAACUGUUGUCUGAGGCAUACAAGGAUUUGCUGCCCGUUCGCUCAACAUUCAUAUCUUCAUUUGCACAAAUGAGACACGCUUUAGCAAAGUCAAGGUAGGAGAUGGAGUAAAUGAUUUAAAUGUAAUUUACAUGUGUGUAUACUUUAUUACGUGGGACGAAAAGUUGGCCCGUCAGUCAGCCUGUCAAUCAGUGAGGUACUCAGACGAUUUGUCGGUCGGUCAGACGGACGGACAGACAAGGCAUUUUGUUUACACUGCAAAAAACGCCCAGCCUGUAACAAUGUUGUUGAAAAUAGGCCUGAACAAUAUUUUGCUGCAUGCCCAUUUUGUUCCUGGAUAUUGCUGUGUUGGUGUAAUGUACUCAGGUGAAUAAGAUGCUUGUGUGAUGUUACUCUGAGUGUGUAUCCACACCGGGUAGGCUUGAAAAAUAUGCCUGGCCACGGUGGGAUUCGAACCUAUUGGUGCGGUGGGAUUCGAACCUAUUGGAACCACGGUGGGAUUCGAACACGGUGGGAUUCGAACCACAUGGCCACGGUGGGAUUCGAACCUAUAACCACGCUGGGAUUCGAACCUGUAUUCCAAAGGUCGUAGGUUCGAAUCCCACCGUGGCCAGGCAUAUUUUUCAAGCCUACCCGGUGUGGAUACACACUCAGAGUAACAUCACACAAGCAUCUUGUUCCUGGAUGUUAACAAUAUUGUUCAGCACUGUUCAGGCUGAACAAUGCUGAACAAUGCUGAACAAUAUUGUUGACAAUCCGGAACAAUAUGGGCAGCAAAAUAUUGUUCAAGCUUGUUUUAAUAAUAAUAAUAAUAAUAAAAUUUUUAUUUAAUCUGCAAAGUUGUGUCAGCUGACAAUACGAUGACCGCUGGUAUUAAUACAAGUGCAGUUUUCAUUUCUCUGUUUUCAAUUCACUCUGUUCUCUAGAGCUCGAAGUCUUCAUCAGCCUCAAAACAUUACCACUUUUCUACUUCCGUUGGUCGAUGGUACAAUGCUGCCCGUUGAUUGGAUGUUUCUGCCAUUAGUUGAUCUUCAUAAUACCGCUGUUAAAUGGUGAGUCUGUGUCUGUACCAAAAAAGUUCUUUCCCGGAUACCCUGGUUCCCUUCAGAGUAUCCGGGAAUAAUACUAGACUAAUGAAGGAUGGCCCUAACUAGAUCUUUAGAAAGAACAGUGACACGCUUGGAACUGAUAGAACUAUCAUGUAUUACUAAAUGGGGUGGUCGUUACUGAAUCUCUAUAAGAAGUAAAAUUUAUAGCACUGGUAGAGCUAUCCAUUACGAAUGAAGUUAGUUCAGUUUUCAAACGAGUUCAAAACUAACCUUUCUCAAUGUCUCUCUGUAGUGAAUUAUUGUCAAAACCGCAACAAGACCGCCUCGCAAGUGCCUCGAGCUCUAUCGUAAAACGAACAUUACAAUGGGUCUUACUACUGGAAGAGUGGAGACCUGUAGUAUUGCAUAAAGUAUCCUGCACGGCUAAGAUAGCGAGGCUCAUGUGCACAUUUCUUACAGGUACACUUCUAGUUUUGCAAUACGGUUUAAAAUUGUUUUUCUGUUUCUUCUGUGUCAUUUUACUCGGGCAUACGUUUCACUAAGCACUAUCAUGCAGCAGAUGGUGUCAACCGGCAGUUAUAUAGCGGUGUGAGAAAAUGCGUUCCUAAAAAAGGUAUGGAUAGAUGUUUUUACGUCGCUAAGGAAAGCUAUCCGUAGCGACGUGAAAAAACGUAGCCUUUCCACUUCAAUCGUAACGUAUCGUAGCAUUUUCUUUUGUGUCGAAGUUAUUAGUUCCACACUACCGCUCAGGGGCCAGUUGUUCAAAGCUGGAUUAGCUUAACCCUUGGUUAACUUAAAAUUCAAAGCAAACUUCCCAAGAGCUUGUUUAUAAAUUUGGAAAUAUUUCUUCAGAAAUCUUGUCUGGAUUGAUAGGAGUUUACUUCUCUGAAGUUUUGAAAUAAACAGACGUGCAGAAAUACAUCAAACUAAAACAGUGGGUUAAAUUUUAACCGAGGGUUAGCGUUAACCCACCUUUGAACAACCGGUCCCAGGAAACAAAGAAAUACGCUACGCUUCGGUACGAUCGAAUUGAGGAAUGUAGUUUAAUUUUCUUGCUUCUAUGAGUGUCGACAUUUCUGACGUUGACCACCAUCUGCUACUUUGUGGUGCUUACUGAAACCAACCAAAUAGACAGUUUUCAUUCUUAAUUAUUUCCUAAUCUAGGCAGUGAUUUAUUCCUGGAUAACCUAAUUCACAACUACCUCAAGUCGUUGCUUCAUUCUUACACGCAUUCCUCUCUGUUGGCAUGUCUUGAUUUCAACUCUCAUAUCCCUGGAAUUACAUCAUUUUACGAUCUGUAAGUAUGCAGCAAUUUCCAUAUUAAUAACCUCUGCUCCUGUUCUAUACGUUUCCUCCUACCCUGAAGAAACUUCUAGAGAGAGCAGUUUAGGACUGAUCGAGCUAUCCAGUAAAAAUAAAAUUAGUAAAACAUGGUUUUUCUUUCAGUUUUAUUUCCUUCGUUGGUCAGUACGAAGCAGUUUCGUUUGGUGAUGCUCUUUUCUCGUCCUUUUUGUUGUUGCCUUUGCAACAACGCUACAACAACAUGUUCAGAAAAGCUGUCUGGAAUGAACACACUGGCGUAUUUAGGUCUUUCGGUUUAGCUUUUGACGAGGUAAGAUGGAGGUAGUAGUAUUCUACAAUAAGCUACUGUGGUUUGUGUCUGAACUACUUGAAAAGACAUCUCAAACGUGGUGGUCUAGUGUAGGUAUAGUAUCACAGGUAGUAUUCUACAAUAAGAUGUCGUGGUUUUUGUCUGAACUACCUGAAAAAUAUAUCUCAAACGUGGUGGUCUAGUGUAGGUAGUAUUCUACAAUAAGCUGCCGUGGUUUGUGUCUGAACUACCUGAAAAAGAUAUCUCAAACGUGGUGGUCCAGUGUAGGUAGUAUUCUACAAUAAGCUGCCGUGGUUUGUGUCUGAACUACCUGAAAAAGAUAUCUCAAACGUGGUGGUCCAGUGUAGGUAGCAUUCCACAAUAAGCUGUCGUGGUUUUUGUCUGAACUACCUGAAAAAGAUAUCUCAAACGUGGUGGUCUAGUGUAGGUAGUAUUGUACAAUAAGCUGCCACGGUUUGUGUCUGAACUACCUGAAAAAGAUAUCUCAAACGUGGUGGUCCAGUGUAGGUAGCAUUCUACAAUAAGCUGCCGCGGUUUGUGUCUGAACUACCUGAAAAAGAUAUCUCAACUGUGGUGGUCUAAACUACCUGACAAAUUAUAAGAUACACCGUGGUUCAGAUAAACCGUAGUUCAGACACAAACGGCGAAUGGAACGAGCGGUAAAUUUAUUCAUUGCGCGUUUGUUAUUUUCUAGGUACCAGUGCCAAUUGAGUAUUACUUAUUUCCGCCAGAGUCCAGUUUUGAAAUUUUAAUCCUGCAACUGCGAGCACUGGCUGCUGGUGCUCUACGGUAAGACAAUACUGUUGGUCUAAGUUGAUGGAUUCUCAGAUGUAUCUUAUAUCUACGUCAUAUUCACAAAGUUUAUUCGAUGUUUCUUUCUCAAUGUUUAGGCAAAAUUGGUCUCCAGUAUUUUAUCUUAUUGCUGUACAUCAUAUGUCUACUUAUAUCUUCACCAAACCAGAGGUAGUUAGUUUUCAAUUUUUUAUAUGCUGCCACACUGGGUGCUCAAUUUCAAAUGUAUUGACACGAAAUGACAAGGCUGCCACCUGUUGCGCAGAGCCCGGGGCAAAACUUUCCCAGGGUCCCCUAUGAUGUUAUAAUUGUAAAACGGAAGAAGCGCUGUUUUACAAUAUAUUACACUUUAGUAUAAUUUCAGAAUUGAAAAACGGCCUUUGAGCAUUCUGAUUGGCUCCCUCAGCAGUGACUAUGAGGCAAUGGUUACUGCUCAGAGAAGUAACUAUUGCUUUUCCAAAAAAAAAAUGGCUGAAAAUCAGACGGACGUAAAUUAUUUCUGCAAAUUAUAUUUAUUGUAAGGGCCUUCGUUGCUUUGGAGGCCCUUUUGAGCUGGAGGCCCGCGGCAAAGUGACCGCCCCCCUCUCGACAGGCCUGGUAAAUAUUCCACAAUAUGUAUUUGUCAUCAAAUAAAUGCAAUGCACAAAUAGUCACUCUGAUAAGAGUUGACCAACAUUUGCCGCAUUGUCACACAUUUGAUUUUUGUUUUUACAUAAUACAGGAUAUGAAUUCCUUCAAUCAGAAGUUAAAGCUUAUGAAUCAAGUGCUGCUAAUAAAUGACCAGGUAAGGAUCCCCUCCCCUCAUGUCUACGCCUCUGGGUGAGAGGUACCAACAGCCCUGGCCCCUGUGUUCUAUAUGCAUAUUUUUAUUCCUCCAGGAUAUUAAAAAUGACAUCAUUUGCUAUCAGAAACCAUCGCCUGAUUCUCCGAAAGGAUUUCAAAAAUUUUCCGUUCUUCCUCCGACACGUGAGCUGUUGCUGAGGAACAAACAUGAACCAGAGGAGGCGUGGAGAGUUUGGAACAAAGAAACGUAG